GGCAGCGCGCGCGGUGUCAGCAGCCUGUUCUACAGCGCACACUUAUCCACCUGUUAUUGUUCCAUUGACUCCGGACCACCAAACCUAUUUACAGCACGCAAACAUGGGAAACGAAGCGAGGCCCAACUGGGAUAACCCCAUACAGUUUGUUUUGGCAUGUGUAUCAUAUGCAGUCGGACUUGGAAACGUGUGGAGGUUCCCAUACCUCUGCCAAAUGCACGGUGGAGGGGGGUUCUUGAUUCCUUAUUUCAUCAUGCUGGUUCUGGAGGGUAUUCCAUUAUUCUACAUGGAGCUUGCCAUUGGUCAGAAGAUGAGUUUGGGUAGCAUCGGGGCAUGGACUGCCAUCAGCCCUUACUUAGGAGGAGUGGGUCUUGCCAGUGUUGUGACAUCCCUGUAUCUGUGUCUCUAUUACAACAUCAUCAAUGCAUGGAGUUUCUGGUACCUCUUUCAUUCAUUUCAAUCCGUCCUUCCUUGGGCAGUUUGCCCCAUUAACUCUAACCAGACAGGACCACUAGAGGAGUGUGAAAUUGCUACACCUACGCAGUACUUCUUCUACAGGGAAACACUGAACAUCUCUCCGUCUAUUGAAGAGCACGGAGGCGUUAGUACAGGCCAGGCAAUGUGCCUUGUGCUUGCCUGGAUUCUAACCUACCUGUUCAUUGUCCGAGGAGUAAAGUCAACUGGAAAGGUGGUGUACUUCACAUCCGUAUUUCCAUACGUGGUCCUCUUCAUCUACCUGAUACGUGGCAUGACUCUUCACGGGGCCAUCAAUGGUGUCAAAUACAUGUUCACACCAAAGCUCGAACAGCUUCUCGACCCUACUACAUGGAUCAAUGCCGCCACUCAGAUCUUUUUCUCACUUGGUCUGGGUUUUGGGACGCUCAUAGCUUUUUCCAGCUACAACCAUUACAACAACAACUUUGAGCGCCAAGCCAUCAUUGUUUCCUUGAUCAACUGUUCAACCUCCAUCUUUGCCAGCAUCGUCACCUUUGCCAUCUAUGGAUUCAAGGCCACCGUCAACUACGAGAACUGCCUGGAGAGGACACGCUUACUGCUGCUGAAUACUUUUGAUCUAGCGGAGGACAGCAUGAGCAUGGACCAGGUCUUUGACUGGAUUGAGAAGCUGAACACAACAUAUCCACUGCAGUUCGCUGAAAUCGCCAACCAACUGGAAAACUGUAACCUGGAGAGUGAACUAGACACUGCAGUGGAGGGGACAGGGCUGGCCUUCAUUGUGUACAGUGAGGCCAUUAAGAAUAUGCCGUUGCCUCAGCUGUGGUCAGUGCUGUACUUCUUCAUGCUGCUGCUGUUGGGAAUGGGCAGCAUGCUAGGCAACGUCACCGCCAUCAUCACCCCGCUGCGAGACUUCAAGAUCCUGUCUCACUUGAGCGACGAACUACUCAACGGUUUGGUGUGCGUGUUUUGUCUGCUGCUUGGCCUGGGUUUCACCACCACGUCAGGGAAUUACUGGUUCACCAUGUUCAACGACUAUGGAGCCAAUUUCUCCCUGCUCUUCAUCGUCCUCAUUGAGGUCAUAGCUGUCAGUUACAUCUACGGUAUUAAAAGGUUUGAGAAAGACAUAGAAGACAUGAUCGGUCAUCGUCCCAACUGGUACUGGAAGAUCAUGUGGGCAGGAAUCAGUCCCGUUCUUCUUAUCACUCUCUUCGUUGUCUACAUCGUAAACUACAUCAGAGGAGGGACACCCACCUACCAAGCAUGGAACAAAGAGCUGGGUAAAUCGGUGGUGACGGACUAUCCUGUCUUUGGUCAAGUGUUCAUUGGGCUGCUGCUAGUGUCGUCCGUCAGCUGUGUUCCCCUCACAGCUCUGUAUGUGUUCUGCAGGAAGAGGAAACAUGGAAACCUUCACCAGAGGAAGCGUGCUGUCAGCACAGUAUCUACAGUCCUUCAGCUGAACACAGCAACGAUGCCUAAUUGAAUGCUGUAAGGUAUUUUAAGGUGGAUUUAUUAUUGAAAGUCAGACUUCCGAUCCAAUCCAUACUCUUCAUACUGUCAAGUGCAACUAUGCAACAUGGUGUAAUUGUAGAUAACGUUUUCUUUUGCUUAACAUUUAGAGCAAACAAAAAAAAAAACGCAGUUGUAAUGCAAAUAAAUGCAAGUUUACUAAACUGUCAAAAAAAUUAUGAACGUAUAAAGUCAUGUAGCGUAUUCAGUGAGUUAUGAUAUGUAGUGAUUGAGCUAGUCAGUAUCGUAUUGUGAUGUUUCAUAGUCAUAGUUCACGUUAGUUCAUAGCCAGCCUUAAUAUUAAUUUCCCUUAUUAAUGGAGUAGGCUAGUUUAGGGUCAAAUCAGGUUUAUUUGAAGAGAUGCAAAAUCACAAAUAAGGUGUUAGUACAGCAAAAGGAUUAGAGAAGAUGCAGCAUUACGAAUAGACGUGGUUCAGGCAACUUCCUCUGUUUCAGGAUUAUUUAUUUUUUAAAUGACUAUUUUGAACCAGGGGAAAUGGAGCCGUCAAAAACAUAACUUUUUAUUCCAAAAGAUUCAAGGUUAAAGGGGCCCUAUUAUGCUUUGGGUUAUGUUUUUUUUUCCUUUCCUGUAGUGUGUUAUUUAGGUUUUUAUGCAUGUAAAUGGUCUGCAAAGGCUAAAAUCCCCGAGUUCCCUCUUGAGGUUGUUUCUCUACAAAUAGACUACCCCUCCUGCCUGAGACAAAAUUACAUCACUAUGUAACAAUUGCGCUUCUAUUGGCUAAUGCUCCAACACAUUGUAGGUAGUAGGCUCAGGGGCAGGAGAUCUUCAAGUGUUUGACCAAUAGCAACAGAGCCAGCCAGCUAACCAAUCACAGCAGGCUGGGCUCUGGUUUCAGACAGAGGGUGAGAAGAGGAGCUGCAGCACAGGCAGUAUGAGAACAAUAAAGAGCUUUUUGAACAUUAAAGCAUGGAGACAUGUCACAGGAGAGGCACAAAAUGCAAAUAUGAACCUGAAAAUCAGCAGAAUAUGUCCUUUUAAAAAACUUAAUGUAGGGUUGGAAACUAACUGCACAAACAUCACACAACUAGUUUGAAGAAAAACAAUAUGUUAGACUCAAUAAUAAAGUGUAGAACUUUCAUAGCAGAGGUAUGUCAUAAUAGCGGGUAUUGUUUCCUUUAAGCUAAUUAUGUUAUUAUGUGUUCUUAGGUAAGACGGUUGUACAAAUGAUGUAUGUUUCCUUUAUAUCACGUUUUUUAUUAGAACUAGUUUUAUAUCUGUUGUGAAAGGACUGGCAUCUUCAUGAAGUCAAUUGUCAAUAUAUCAUUUUUAUUUUGUCUUUUAGCCUUCAAAUGUGUGAGAUGUGUACAUACUGUAGAUAGUUGUGUGAUGUUAUGAGUUAAUGAUAGGAAUACUCCAUUAUGUGAUUUGGUUCUGUACCAAUAGGUAAAUGAGUAACUACCACAGAGAAUGAACUUCCCUUAAAAACUAGAUUUAUGUGUCAAUAACAUCUCAUUUGGUAUAUGAUCAUUUUGCUAUCUUUUUAUUGUCAUGCAUAGUGAAUGGGGAUCUUUUUUUUGUAUUAAAUAAAAAUGUCAAUUGUA